AUGGCUAUGCCUUGCUUGGACGGCCUAUGGGGCUCCACCGACAUGCUCAUGGAAAGCGAGCUAUCGUCCGACUACUCUGACGACGGCUCGCUGCCGCCGCCCUCCGGCGCGCACGCCGUCCUGUCGGGCGAUUCCGAGCUCGCCGCGGCCUGCUGCAGGGCAGACCCCCACGGCCUCGCCGCCGCCGUGUCCUCAUGGCUCAUGAGCUUCGGCGCCGCCAAGCCCUUCUCAACAGGCAGCUCGGAGGAGCUGCGGGCCGCGCUGCGGUGA